AACUCGGCAAAGAUCAAAACACCUGUUUCCCAAACGGAGUCCAAUUUUCUUGCGAAGCAAGUUUGCACUUUGCUGAUCAGAUGUUUGCAGAAGUUAUUAUCCAUCUCGCAUUUUGCAAAGCUAAUCGAAGGCACCUUAAUUAGGGCCACUUAAAUCAGGAAGAGGCGAAUUUCUCGUGCUUGGUGCCGUGCCACAGCAUAAUCUGCAGAUUUCCACGUUCUGCGAUGAAAUAAGUCGUCUUGUGUAAAAUCUCUGCUGUGAAGAAAUAUUAAAGAGAUAAAAUUCUGAACCAUGGACAACAAAGACAGACACUCCAUUGUCUCUACCCUGAUGCCAGUGAUCUUGACAGCAGUCGCUGUCCCACUGUCCAUGUUUUUAUGGAUUGGUAACAUGGCUUUCUCGUUUUUUACGGGAAGCUAUGAAGCGCACAGGGACGGGGACGUCGUGAUACCACCAACUCGUUGGCUCAUGUCGAUGGUGAUUCCCAUAGCUUUUGUGGCUUGGGGAUUGAAGAAAAAGAGCUUGAACACCUCAGGGGCUGUUUUAGGCCUCAUUGUGGGUUUUGUCCUCACUCUCAGCAGCUACGCAUUCCUUGCGUGCUUGAUGACCUUUUUUGUUACUUCAUCCAAGGCUACCAAGUACAGAAGUGACAAGAAGAGGAAAAUCGAGAAGGAAUUCAAAGAGGGUGGUCAAAGAAACUGGAUUCAGGUGUUGUGCAACGGAGGCAUGGCCACUGAACUCGCACUUCUUUAUUUGAUUGAUUCUGGAUGUGGUGAAAGGACAAUCGACUUUGCCAGAGACUAUCGAGCCUCUUGGCUCAGUAUGGGUGUCCUCGGAGCCUUUGCCUGUUGCAAUGGAGACACCUGGGCUUCAGAGCUGGGCUCUGUCAUUGGAAACACAAAUCCCUUCCUGAUUACUACUAGAGAACAUGUCCCACGAGGAACAAAUGGCGGAGUCACCAUUGGAGGGCUGCUUUUCAGCUUUUUUGGAGGACUGAUGGUCGGCAUUGCUUAUUACAUAUCAGUGGUUCAACUCGUAGACUCCGCCUCUCUUCUUACCAGUCCACCCCAGUGGCCUCUGAUAAUUGCGGGUGGCCUGGCUGGCUUGGUCGGAAGUAUUGUCGACUCACUUCUUGGUGCUACCCUUCAAUAUUCAGGCAUUGAAGAAAAGACUGGCUGUAUAGUAGAGCGCCCUGGCCGAGGUGUCAAGCACAUCAGCGGCAUGCCCAUUUUAGACAACCACAGUGUCAAUCUUAUCUCCAGUAUCAUCAUGGGUCUCUUGACUCCCUGGCUUGCCAACAUUUUGUGGAUGUAACUUAAAAUAACCAUGUUAAGUUUGCAGCCUUCUCCGUUAUUCAUAUGGCAUGUGACUUCAUGGUAGCAUAUUAACUGCUCGUCGUAGUGCCAAAGUACAAACCGAAGUUUUAUCGAUGGAAAUUGAUGUGAAACAGAUAAAUGAGAUUGCCUUAAUUUCAAUCAGUCCACCUACUUCUCAAGAAAGACUUGCCUGCUCGAUCGUGAAAAUUUUGUGUUGCACGAACUCUUUGAGCCAACCGUUUUAAGUUAUAAGAACAACAAUUGACUUGUAUUUUUGGCAAUUUUUUGUGUGAUUUGUACUGGCUGCUCACUCAGAAUAUUUCUGUAAAGAAGUCGCAACACAUUUA